AUGAAGUUCUCAACAGUUGCAUUGAUCUCGCUCCUUGGAAGCACCUGCUUCCACUCUGCGUCUGCUCACGUAGCCAAUCCGCGUCCGUUCCGUCUCUACGAGGAGAACGGAGACGAUUUGGGAUUGUUUCGCCUAAAGGGUGGAGACAUUAACAGCUGGUUCGAGGAUCUAGAUGGAUACACCGUUUGUUACAGGGAUGGUGGAUCAGAAACUCGCCGACGCCAUCUUAGCCAAGAACGAGCAGAAUCUGUCCGCACUGGUGAAGUGGUUGCUGGCAAGAAUGCCACGUCUCACUAUACCUGGCAAUACUACUAUUGUCGCCUCCAUGAAGAUGGAACCAUCGGUCCCAACCUUCAUUUCCCAGUUGCGACCACCGACCCGAACGAAGUUUCGGAUCAUCUGCUUCCACCUCACAUUCACAUGAGCUUGCAGCAAGCAGCUGAGAUUUGCGGAAGCUACUGUCAAAAGUCCCUCAAAUACGGUGGUAGUAUUCCUAGAGAUUCAGGACGUCGACGCGAGCUUCGGGGUCAUCGAAAGCUCGGCGACUAUGCUCCAUCAAAAGGAAGGGUUCCAAAUCUCGUUAUUCCCUUCAAGUUCAAGGACCACGCUAGUCGACAACUUCCCUCGAGAGCCGACCUCGACAUCCUAAUGAAUUCCAUGGAGAAGAACGCACUUGCGCCCACUGGAGGCGUGAAGAAAUAUUAUCAUGACAUUUCGAACGGACAGCUUAAUCUCGACUCCAAAGUCAUUGACUGGAUUCAACUGGACGGCAAGUACGAUGAACGCUGGUGCUCUGGGGUGGACUAUCCUGAUCAAGACAAAGGGAUGGGAGUAAAUAUGGAGGAAUGCUUGGAGAGAGUUCUUGAACUUACUGACAAGGUUGUUAACUUUAGCGAGUUUGAAACGAACAACGAUGGGUACAUUGACGCAAUCACGUUCAUCCAUUCAGGUUACGAUGCUUCGGUCACCGGUAUGAAGAAUCAUAUCUGGUCUCACCAGGGAGGCUUAGACAUUUUCACGACCAACGAAGGAGUCAAAGUGUCCCUUUACUCUGUCAGUCCUGCUUUGUAUGGCUCGUCUGGAACUAAAAUCGGUGCGAUUGCCACCAUUGCUCAUGAAACAGCACACUUUUUGGGCUUGGAAGAUCUUUAUGAUAGAGACGAUGGUGGGGUAGGAGUUGGUGCUUGGAGUCUAAUGGCUCUCGAUACUGGUUUCGGCGACGGUGAGAGUUAUCCCCCAGCAAUGGAUCCAUUUUCGAAAGAAAAACUUGGUUGGGGGACAUUCAACUCGCUGUCUGAGUCAAAAAAUUCAAUCGUGCUGAAGCCAUCGUAUACUUCUCAUCAAUACUACAAGAUCACAAAGGGUUUCCCAGAUGGGGAAUACCUUCUUCUUGAGAACCGUCAGCGCAUCGGUUUUGACGCCAAAAUCCCAGGGACUGGUCUUUUGAUUUGGCAUAUUGAUACUGCCAAAGCGAAGGUGCCCCCUAAAAAAGAAGACGCACCCUUAAACGAUGAAGAAGGGCACCCCGGUCAACCCGGAUGGCCUCAGAAUAACAGGCAUUACAUGGUGGCUCUUCUAGCCGCUGACGGUCAAUUCUCGUUUGAAAAAGGAGAAGACAGUUACGGCGACGCUACGGAUUUGUAUGGAAAAUGCAUGGGAAGUGAUUCCAUCGGUCCUACGACAUCCCAUCCAAACACCAACACGUAUCAAGGUGGAAGCAUCAAGGCUACUGGUAUCAAAAUCAAGAACAUCUACCAACUUAAGAACAACGAUAUGGUCUUUGAUAUCUGUUUUGGCGGGUGCGCUCCAGGUGAACAAGUCCCAUCAAUCGAAUGUUGCAAAGACGAUGCCUCAUGGGUGGACAGUGGCGGUGAUGGAUGUGAUAAAUAUGAGCCAUCCUGGUGUGCUGAAGCCAAAGAUUUUGAGAAUGAUGACGGUGUUUCUGCACUCACGGCUUGCUGUGUGUGCAGCGGAAGCAGAUUUGGAGGACCUCUUCCUGACACUCCAGGAGGGGCUGCCCCUGCAGCAGAUGAUGCUCCGGCGCCUGUGGCAGGAGGUACUUCCACGGCCCCAGCCACUUCUUCGUGCGUUGAUAAUUCUGUCUGGGCAGAUAGUGGAGGAGAUAAAUGCAGCGAUUACGAGGUAGAUUGGUGUGGCGAGGACGCAAAAGAGUUUGCGGUUAAUGGGAUAUCAGGAAACACUGCAUGUUGUGUUUGCAAGGGUUCUUGUGUUGAUGAUACUACAUGGAGAGACAGCGAAGGUGAUGGUUGCAGUUCGUAUGAGGCCGACUGGUGUGGAGACGAUGCCGUUCAGUUUGCGAAAGGUGGUGUCCAUGCCAACAUGGCAUGUUGCAUCUGUAAGAAGUAG